AUGGAAAGUGAAAAUUUUACCACUAAACCACCAAUGAUUUCCAAAACUGUAGACAGGGGUAAACUGGGUGUAAUUUAUGUCACCAGUCUCAACAGCCUGUCACCACAACCUGAGGAGAUUCCAUGUGGACAGCUCACAAGCAAAACCGAAAAAUAUGACAAGCAACUGGUAAUGCUCACCCAACAGUCUGAAGAUUCAGAAAGAUGUGAAAGCAUGGAGCUGGACAAUAAAAUCCGGGAUCUGAUUGAGAGGAACGCUUCUCAGGAUCCACAAGGAUUCACCCCAGAGACUGUGCCACAUCACGGCAACCCAUGUUAUCUAAAGGCUCCUGAAAAAACAAUUUCCCUGGCACAUUUUUUACAGGACACAACUAGAAUGAAUGGUGCAGAAAGUUCUACGGAGCAUGAAGAGUGUGCUCAAUCAUCCAGAAGAAAGAAUUUGACAAAUUCUCUUGAACAAAAGAUAAGGUGCUUGGAAAAGCAGAGAAAAGAGCUCCUAGAAGUUAACCAACAAUGGGAUCACCAAUUUAGAAGUAUGAAAGAGUUAUAUGAAAGAAAGGUCACAGAGCUGAAAUCGAAACUGGACGCGUCAGAAAAGUUCCUCAGCAAGCUGGAGGAGGAGCAACUGCAGUGUCAGAGGGAGACCGAGAGGCAGCACCAACAGACACAAGACCAGCUGCUGCAGGAAGAGAAGGAAAAGGAAAGCCUAAAUGAAGAAUUAUAUGAAUUGAAGAAAGAGAAUAAGCUUUUGAAGGAAAAAAAUGUUCUUGCAAGCAAGAAGAAGGAGUAUUAUGAACGUGAAAUAAAACGUCUUAAUAAGGCUUUACAGGAUGCCUUGAAGAUUGAGUGUUCUUCAUUUUCUGGAGACUAUUUGGGGAAGUUGGAAAUGAAAUGCAGCCAUGAGGAGAUGAGGACACACAUGGAAGUUCUCAAGCAUCAGGUACAAAUAUAUGAGGAAGACUUCAAAAAGGAGCGAUCGGAUCGAGAAAGACUCAACCAAGAGAAAGAGGAACUACAGCAAAUUAAUCAAACAUCUCAAUCCCAGUUGAACAGGCUGAAUUCUCAGAUAAAAGCUUGUCAAAUGGAGAAAGAAAAACUAGAAAAGCAAUUAAAACAGAAGUGUUUUCCAACCUGUAACUGUGGCUUGGUUUUCCAUCUCCGGGAUCCAUGGGUUCCAGCUGGCUCAGGGGCUGUACAGGAUCUACAGAAGCACUCGCCAGACUAUCAGUGGUAUGCUCCUGACCAGUUUCCGCCAGAUGUGCAGCACAAGGCAAAUGGUAUGACCACAGCUGUCUUGAGCAUUCUUUCAUGUUUACAUUUUAAUGGGAUCUUUUGGGGAUGUUUACUCAAUGCACAUUCAUUCGUACUUGGGAAGGACUUACUAUAA